ACUUGCUUGCAACAUCAGAGGGUAUGGUGAAGCCAGUCUUGCUCAGGAGACUUUGUGGUUAAGAGUGUUAGGGUCCACAUGUACGACUUCCAUUGGCAGCGACAAAAUGAAGAAAAAGAAGCCAAAACAAAAGCGUCUAAAAUCCAACGUUCUCUUGACGCGUUCUAGAUAUUUUUCCAUGAGCCCUUCACGGCGUGUAUAAUAGUUGUCGUUAGUGGCGGGAAAGUUGAGCAGUCCGUGCGGGUGUGAGAAGACGAUGACGAUACUGUAAGGUAUGCUGGAGCUCAUCCCUGCAAGAGCUUCACAGCAGCCAAGAGCUCCGAAUCCCCACUAAAUUCCAUUCCAAAAAACAAUUGAGAAGCAGGAGCUUGAGCUUGAGCUUCAGACAAACAUCUCCUUCAUCGAGCAGACCAAAAGAAAAGGAUUCCAAAAUAUGAAGGGUCUCCCUCCAACCCUAUUGUGGCGGACAAUGAUCCAGGCCGAGGAGCCGAAUCCUGGCUCCUGUUGUCUCCAAAGUCCGAAGAGCUGCCCCUGCUUCUACAUAACAUCCAUCAGCGAGACGUCAAAUCUCACUCUUACGACAAACGAUACGGGCGUAAAUGACCGCAGAAGAGCAGCAUGGGCACAAGAAACUGAACUGUCAGUGAGAGAUCAGCAGUGCGCUGGAAAAUUCCGUUAAUCCGGAGCUACCAAACCUUCUCGAGCUUGCACGAACGGGAGCACGACACGAGAGCAGGUCUCAAGCUUCCCCUCCCAGCAUUGAGCUGAUGGUGGACAAGCCAGCAUUGAUAUCGAUGCUUGCCCAGAGAAGAUUGAUUGCCCUCAUAUCAUCACCGUUCCUCUCCAUAUUCUAUGCAUCUAAUGCAUCUACAAAUCUCUCAAUUCUGCUGAGUGGUUCUGUGAAAAGGAUAUGUGCCGCCUGGUUUCAUCUGUCGUCCUCCAAAAAUUCCCAGUGUUCGAAUGUUGACCUCGGUUUCGGCCCAGCUCACACGUCGGCCGCAGUUCAAAGCGGAUCUGACCCCGCAACUUUGGGAAACCGGGGGUACUGUACCAAGGACCUAAAGGACGAGGCGCUGCUUCCAAGUUGUCUGAAGUCUGAAGCUCUUCAUUUCUCCUCCUGUGGCCGUUUUACUCUCCUACAUAUCAUCAGCUUCGGAAGAAGAAUCCAAGAUCGCGUGCCUCCAUCGCUGUUGAGCUUUACAAGCCAUUGAAAGCAGGAACGAACAGACUUUGAGCUACCCCUGCAGGAUUACCUCGAAUCGCCCCGACCCGACUGUGCAGCUCCACUCCAGAUUAAUAACUCGUCUUCACCAUGGUCUUCACACCACCCUCUUGGGUGCCCAAACUCCCCGAUGGUAAGCCCUAAACACGCUUUCUACAGUCUUAACUAAUCUGCGACAUCUGCGACUGCACCUAUGAGUUAGCAAAGAAGAAUGGCUAAGUCAACCCCUCACAGUCCCCGACACGGUCCCCAUCAGCCAGUUCAUGCUAGACGACUCCUACGGCCGCUGCCCUCUCAAGAAAUCGAGAAAUCCGUUCACAUGUGGCCUCUCAGGGAAGACAUAUACGGCGUCGGAGAUGGUGGGUAGGGUCGAUCAGCUGGCGAGGGCUUUGGCAAAGGAAUUUGGAUGGCAGGUGAACAAGGGGACGGAGUGGGAUAAAGUCGUGGGAAUCUUUGCUCUGAAUACUGUUGAUUCUAUGACUUUAGCAUAUGCUAUUCACAGACUUAAUGGCAUUGCGACUCCAGCAAACGCAGCAUACUCUACCUCAGAGUUGGAGUUCCAGCUGAAGUCCUCUGGGGCAAAGGCUCUUUUCACAUGUAUACCCCUCCUCGAAACCUCUCUCCAAGCAGCCAAAGCUGUCGGCAUCCCAAAAGAGCGAAUUUAUAUUCUAGAAUUACCAAAGGAGCUGUCAGGAGAUAAACAGCUUCCUUUCAAGACUGCAUCGCAAUUGAUUGAAGCUGGUAGCAAGCUUCCUGCGCUUGAAGAGUUGAAGUGGGAGAAGGGACAAGGUGCCCGACAAACAGCAUAUCUUUGUUACUCCAGUGGAACGUCUGGGUUGCCUAAAGGUGUUAUGAUCAGCCAUCGCAACGUUAUAUCAAAUGUUCUGCAGAUUGGAUUGUUCGAAAAGCCCGUCAGAGACAAAAGGCCUGAGAAUGAGAGAACUGAAGUUGGGUUGGGACUUUUGCCGCUCAGCCAUAUUUAUGGUUUGGUUGUGAUUGCUCAAGCCAGUACUUAUCGCGGAGAUGGAGUGAUCAUUCUCCCAAAGUUUGAGCUUCAAUCGUUCUUGAAGGCUAUUCAAACUCAUAAGAUCACAACUUUGUACUUGGUUCCUCCGAUCAUUAUCCAAUUGGCAAAGAACCAGCAGGUUGUCUCCAAAUAUGACCUCAGUAGUGUCCAAGCAAUCUUUACUGGAGCAGCACCACUCGGUGCUGAAACCGCAGAAGACUUGCAAAAGAUCUAUCCGUCAUGGAAAAUCAGACAAGGCUAUGGUCUCACAGAAACUUGCACGGUAGUAUGCUCCAGUUCUGAAAACGAUAUAUUCUUCGGAACAAGUGGCUCGCUUCUUCCAGGAUACAAGGCCAAGAUCAUGUCCAUCGAAGGUGUUGAGAUUACAGGAUAUGAACAACCAGGAGAGCUAGUCGUUCAAUCCCCAUCUGUGGUGCUCGGCUACCUGAACAACGACAAGGCCAACCAGGAAACUUUCAUCGAUGAUACCGAUGGUCUUGGAAGAUGGAUGCGCACAGGUGAUGAAGCAGUGAUUCGCAAGUCUCCGGCUGGGACUGAACAUAUUGCUAUUGUGGAUCGUAUUAAGGAGCUUAUCAAGGUCAAGGGUCUUCAAGUCGCUCCCGCCGAACUCGAAGCGCACAUCCUUACGCACCCCUCCGUUGCUGAUUGUGCCGUCAUCCCCGUUCCCGACGACGCAGCAGGCGAAGUGCCGAAAGCCUUCGUCGUCAAGUCUUCAUCCGUUGGCCUCGAAGACAACGACCGUAUGAUCGCCAGAGACAUUCAGAAACACGUCGAGGAACAUAAAGCAAGGCAUAAGUGGUUAAAGGGUGGCGUGGAGUUCUUGGAUGUGGUGCCGAAGAGUCCCAGUGGGAAGAUUUUGAGAAGGUUGUUGAGGGAUAAAGAGAAGGAGGCAAGGAGGGCGAAGGGUGCGAAAUUGUAGAUUCCGGUGCGGAGUUGGGAGGACAGCUGGAUGGUGUUAUGUGUAGAUGGUUUUUAGAUCAUUGAGAUGUGUAAACAUCUCGGUUGGAAUUUGAUAUCGAGAUUACCAGCGUUAAUCUUUCUUUGUGGUGCCGCAGUGUAUUUUGGAUUUUUGAAGAUUGAGAAAAAGGAGGAGGACAGCCUUCACAGGAGCUUGGAAGAUUUACACUGGUAGAAGAGCAGAUGGUAUCACCAAUGCACGAUGUAUCUCUUCACUCCAGUG